AUGCCUCCCAAGACCAGCCUCACCAACGACCAGUUCCUCGCCGCGUGCAUCAAGCAUGCCAAGACUAAGGUCGAGGUCAACUUCGAUACGCUUGCUCCAGAGAUCGGUAUGAGUAAGGGCGGUGCUAGCAACAAGUAUCGCGCGAUCAUCAAAGGUCUCGAGGCUGAGGGCGCUGCUUGGGCUACCGAUGGUAACGACGCCGCCGCCGCCGCCAUUGCUCCAGCUCAGGUCAAUACUCCUAGAAAGCGCAAGGCUAAGGCUAUUGAUGCUUCUGAGAGCGAAGCUUCCGUCAAGAAGCCCCGUGCGAAGAAGGGCGCCCCAGCCAAGGCCAAAGUCGAGGACGAUCCGAAUGAUGCUGACGAGUCCAAAAUCAAGGAUGACGCUGACGCUGACAUUAAGGGCAAGGGCGAGGGUGAGGGUGAGGAUGGCAAUGCUGCCGACCGCAAGGACGAGGGUACUUCCUGA